AGUAAGUAGGCCCCACAAUCACUAUCAGUAACAAAAGUCGGUCUGUUCCUUUCGUUGAUUUUUCCUCUGCAACCUUAUUACAUUAUUAUUCAUAGAUCCCAAUCACUUGAUCUCAUCUCCGAUCUUAACUUAACACAAAAUCCACAGCUAUGAAAACCUCCGGCGCCACCCUUCUCCUCCGAUCAUCUCUCUGAAUCAUCACAAUCAUUUUCCAUCAAUGGCCUUCUCCACCCGCCGUGGAGGCUGGGGCAACUCUCUCCUCCCAUCCACUGCCUCUUCUUCCUCUUCUCCUUCCUCCAAUUCCAAAUCUAAGUUCUCCAGAAAAUCUCGCCGUAGGGUUGUGCUCCGGGACUUUCUUUUCGCUAAUUUCUUCACCAUCGGCCUUGCUGUCUCUCUCUUCUUCUUCUUCAUCGUUGUUCUUCGUUAUGGCGUCCCCAGACCCAUUACCUCGCGUUUCAAAUCGCGGACGCCGACCCGGAUUGUGAAACCUAGAAAGCCUAGUUUCAGGAAGCCUGUUAUGGUUGACUCAGGAAGUGAUGGAGCCACUGUUGAUAUCACCACCAAGGAUUUGUAUGAUAGGAUUGAAUUUUUGGAUGAAGAUGGUGGUGCUUGGAAGCAAGGGUGGAAUGUUGCAUAUAAAGGGGAUGAGUGGGAUUCGGAGAAAUUGAAGAUUUUUGUUGUGCCUCAUUCGCAUAAUGAUCCGGGUUGGAAACUCACUGUGGAGGAGUACUAUACUAGACAAUCUAAGCACAUACUUGAUACUAUCGUCGACACUCUUUCCAAGGACCCUAGACGAAAGUUCAUAUGGGAAGAGAUGUCUUAUUUGGAGAGAUGGUGGAGAGAUUCGUCAGAAAGCAAAAAGGAAUCUUUCAUUAAUCUAGUAAAGACUGGUCAGCUAGAAAUUGUUGGUGGUGGAUGGGUGAUGAAUGAUGAGGCCAAUUCACAUUACUAUGCCAUAAUUGAGCAGAUCACAGAGGGUAAUAUGUGGUUGAAUGACACCAUUGGAGUUGUUCCCAAAAAUUCUUGGGCAAUAGAUCCAUUUGGUUACUCGCCUACCAUGGCAUAUCUUCUUCGUCGAAUGGGAUUUGAAAAUAUGCUUAUUCAGAGGACUCACUACGAGCUGAAGAAGGAGCUUGCACGCCAUAAAAAUUUGGAAUACAUAUGGCGUCAGAGUUGGGAUGCAGAGGAGACUACUGAUAUUUUUGUCCACAUGAUGCCCUUCUAUUCUUAUGAUAUUCCACAUACCUGUGGCCCAGAGCCUGCUAUUUGUUGUCAGUUUGAUUUUGCUCGGAUGCGUGGUUCUAUGUACGAACUCUGUCCAUGGGGUGAACAUCCAGUAGAAACCGACCAGGAGAAUGUUAAGGAAAGGGCAUUUAAACUACUAGAUCAAUAUAGGAAGAAAUCGGUCCUAUACCGGACAAAUACGCUUCUUGUCCCUCUUGGAGAUGAUUUCCGCUACAUCAGUCUUGAUGAAGCCGAAAACCAGUUUAGGAAUUACCAAUUGUUAUUUGAUCAUAUCAAUUCUAAUCCAUCCUUAAAUGCGGAGGCACAGUUUGGAACUUUGGAGGACUACUUUCGAACUGUACGUGAGGAGGCUGAUAGAAUAAAUUACUCCCGUCCUGGUGAGGUUGGAUCCAUUCAGGUUGGAGGUUUUCCUUCUCUAUCAGGUGACUUCUUUACUUAUGCUGAUAGGCAGAAGGACUAUUGGAGUGGUUAUUAUGUGUCGAGACCUUUCUUCAAGGCUGUCGAUCGGGUAUUGGAGGAAACACUUCGUGCCACAGAUAUGAUGAUGGCCUUAUUGCUUGGGUACUGUCAGAGGGCACAAUGUGAAAAGUUGCCAGUGGGAUUCUCCUACAAACUGACAGCUGCAAGAAGAAACUUGGCUCUUUUUCAGCAUCAUGAUGGGGUAACUGGUACUGCAAAGGAUCACGUGGUUACGGACUAUGGUACUCGGAUGCAUAUGUCUUUGCAAGACCUGCAGAUUUUCAUGUCUAAGGCAAUUGAAGUGCUCCUUAAGAUACGACAUGAAAAAUCUGACCAUAACCCUUCUAUUUUUGAGCCUGCACAGGUGAGAUCAAAAUAUGAUGUUCAGCCUGUUCAUAAGACAAUAAUUGCUCAUGAAGGAACUUACCAAUCAGUAGUCUUUUUCAAUCCUUCAGAGCAAACAAGAGAAGAAGUUGUGAUGAUUGUUGUUAAUAAGCCUGAUGUUGCUGUUUUGGAUUCAAACUGGACUUGCAUCGAAAGUCAAAUAUCUCCUGAAUUGCAGCAUGACAAAAGCAAGAUUUUCACUGGGAAACAUCGUGUCUAUUGGAAAGCUUCUAUUCCUGCCCUAGGCCUGCAAACAUAUUACAUUGCUAAAGGUUUAGUUAGGUGUGAAAAAGCCAAGCCAGCAAAACUAAAAUUCAUUUCUAAUUCUGGCUCAUUUUCUUGUCCAGCUUCUUAUGCUUGUUCAAAAGCCAAAGAUGACACUGUCCAAAUCCAUAAUCGACAUCAAACCCUCACUUUUGAUGCCAAGACUGGUUUGCUGCAGAAAGUAACAUACACAAAUGGUUCUCACAAUGUUAUUGGUGAGGAAAUAUCGAUGUACUCAAGUUGGGGAAGCGGAGCCUACCUAUUCAAACCUACUGGUGAUGCUCAACCAAUAGUUAAAUCUGGUGGACUGAUCGUGAUCUCUGAGGGCCAUCUGAUGCAAGAAGUGUACUCUCAUCCACACACAGAAUGGGAGAGAGGCCCCAUUUCCCAUAGCACCCGUUUGUAUAAUGGAGAAAAUACUAUUCAGGAGUUUCUCAUAGAGAAGGAAUAUCAUGUGGAGCUUCUUGGUGAUGAAUUCAAUGACAAAGAGAUAAUAGCAAGAUACAAAACAGAUAUCGAUAGCAAGAAAAUAUUUUAUACUGAUUUAAAUGGCUUCCAGAUGAGCCGGAGAGAAACCUAUGACAAAAUUCCAUUGCAGGGGAAUUACUACCCAAUGCCUGCUCAUGCUUUCUUGCAAGGAUCUAAUGGCAGGCGGUUCUCAGUCCAUUCCAGGCAGUCAUUGGGUGUGGCAAGCCUUAAAGAUGGUUGGUUAGAGAUAAUGCUUGAUCGUCGUCUGGUAAGAGAUGAUGGACGUGGUCUUGGGCAAGGAGUGAUGGACAACCGGGCAAUGAACGUAAUCUUUCACAUUCUCGUGGAAUCCAACAUUUCUUCCACUUCAAACCCAGUUUCAAACCAUCUGCCAUUAAGUCCCUCCCUUCUUUCUCACCGUAUUGGUUCUCACUUGAACUAUCCUUUACAUGCAUUUAUUGCCAAGAAACCACAAGAUAUAUCAGUGCAGCCACCCCCAAGAUCUUUCUCCCCUUUAGCUAUGUCCUUACCAUGUGACUUGCACAUUGUCAGUUUUAAGGUUCCCCGACCUUUGAAAUAUUCUCAGCAAACAGACGGAGAUCCUAAGUUCGUACUAGUCUUGCAGAGGCAAAAGUGGGAUUCAUCCUUCUGUCGAAAGGGCAGAUCACAUUGCACCAGUGUCGCAGAAGAACCUGUGAAUCUGUUUUACAUUUUCAAGGAUCUUUCAGUGUUGAAUGCUAAAGCAACCUCCUUAAACCUCUUACAAGAAGAUACUGAGAUGCUUGGGUAUACUGAGCAGUUUGGUGAUGUUUCACAAGAGGGAAAUGUUUAUAUUUCUCCUAUGGAAAUACAGGCAUACAAGCUGGAUCUACGGCCUCACCAAUAAUCUUUUCGAUUGGUCUUUUGCCAUUUUGCUGAAGUUAAGCUCAUUCACCAGCAAUAAGAUUUGGGGGGCCAUGCAUCCAAAUGAGCAGAGCAAUGAUUUCCCCACCCGGACUUAUUCUUGCCGAGAAAUAUGAUCAGAAGAAAAUAGACUCAUGAAUAUUUUCAAUGUACAGUUACUGUUAACAUGAUUUGAUAGAGGUGAUUAAUGUGGCUUGUGAUAAGAUUCAAGGAACUACCUUUUGAGGUUUGAAACUACAAAAACAGAGAGAAAAGUGUACUAGUAAUCGCACGCACAAUUUUGCUUUCCUUGUAUGAGUUAGAUGCAUUUGAGGAUUUUAGGUUGUGCUGGUACAAGUAUUACAAUCCUAAUCUUUUUGCUACUUCUUUUCCUGUUUUUUUUGAGAGUACACUCUUGUUACACUAGUAUGGUAUAUUACAGCUCUAGUAGUAUAAUGUUAUAUUGCUUGAA